CUACGCUGAGCCACUGGGGGAAACUACAUGUACAUGUGCGUGGAAUGAGACCCUGAACUGCGCCGUCUCCGCACCCGAGGCGGACCGUGCCACCAAGAUGGAGAGCGAGAAGAAGAGGAGAAAAUACUCGACGAGCAGCAAUGACUCCGACACCACUGACAGUCAGGUGACCUCAUGGUCCAGGUCGUCCAAAAACAUGGGCACCAGCAGCACAUGGGUCCGCCACCAGCACAAGAAACCAUCCGAGGUGUUCCGCACCGACUUCAUCACGGCCAUGAAGCUGCCCGACUCGGCGCAGCUCGGCACGGACGACUUCUACGUGCUCUCAGAUCCCUGGAGGCAAGAGUGGGAGAAGGGAGUCCAGGUCCCUGCAAACCUGGAGGCCAUACCCGAGCCCGUGGUCAGGCUGCUGCCGGAGUCGACGCGCGGGCUGCCCGACGACGGACACGAGACUAACGGCGGACCUCGGACUCCGCCCGCUCGCGUCUACAGCUGCUAUGACCUGGACGACCUGGAUGUGGCGUGGCUGGAGAUGGCCAACCAAGAGUUCAGACAGAUGGCCUUACCGGAGCUGGACGAGCUGAUGAUGGAGUGCGUCCUGGUCGCGCUGGAGAGCGUGUGCGAGGAGAAGAUGCAGCAGGCCAUCGAGACGGAGGAAGGCCUGGGCAUCGAGUACGACGAGGACGUGGUGUGCGACGUCUGCCGCUCGCCGGAGGGGGAGGACGGCAACGAGAUGGUGUUCUGCGACAAGUGCAACGUCUGCGUUCAUCAGGCUUGCUACGGCAUCCUGAAGGUACCACAGGGAAACUGGCUGUGUCGGAUCUGUGCCCUCGGUGUUCAGCCCAAAUGUCUGCUCUGCCCCAAGAGAGGCGGAGCCCUGAAGCCCACACGCAGUGGAACCAAGUGGGUCCACGUCAGCUGUGCCUUAUGGAUCCCGGAGGUGAGCAUAGGCUGCCCAGAGAAGAUGGAACCCAUAACCAAGGUGUCCCACAUCCCUGCCAGCCGCUGGGCCUUGUCCUGCAGCCUGUGUCGAGAACACACUGGAACCUGCAUACAGUGCUCCAUGCCCUCCUGCAUCGUGGCCUUCCAUGUGACGUGCGCCUUCGACCACGGCCUGGAGAUGAGGACCAUCCUGGCCGAGAACGACGAGGUGCGCUUCAAGUCCUUCUGCCUGGAUCACAGCUGCACCGCCGGCAGCAGCAGCAGCAGCAGCAGCAGUAGCAGCAGCAGCAGCAGCAGCAGCAGCACCUCCACCUCCAGUUCAACCAGUGUAAACAACGGCAACCACGUCGCCAUAUCCACCGUGAACGGAACACACGGCACAGCCAGACCCGACUGGGCCGGCCCCUGCAUGGGCUCUGAGCACCGGCUCGAGCAGCAGCACCAGUCGAGCGCCGUGAGCGUCCCGGAGCAGAGGUCGAUACCCUUCCCCGUGUCCGUGGCCGUGUCGGCGUCAGAGCGAGCGGAGCGGGACCAGCUCGAGAGAGAGAAAGUGAGCCAGAGGAAGCAGAAGCUCCAGGAGCUGGAGGACGAGUUUUACCGACUGGUGGACCCGAGGGAGGUGGCUGAGAACCUGGGCCUGCCCGACUCCCAGGUGGACUUUCUCUAUCAGUUCUGGAAGUUGAAGAGGAAGGCCAACUUUAAUCAGCCCCUAGUGACCUUAAAGAGGGACGAGGUGGACAACCUGGCCCAGCAGGAGCAGGACGUCCUCUACAGACGCCUCAAACUCUUCACGCACCUGCGACAAGACCUGGAGAGGGUGCGUAACCUGUGCUACAUGGUGACGCGGAGGGAGAAAAUGAAACACACGCUGUGCGACCUCCAGGAGAAGAUCUUCCACCUGCAGAUACAACUGCUGGAAGAGGACAUGGCUGGAGCAGAGAAAAGCCAGAAGGGAGAAAAGAGGAAACAGAAUGGAGGAGUGAAGGAGAAAGGGAAGGAGAGAAGGAAGAGUAGUCCUGAGAAGAAAAAGGAGAGGUGGAAGUCGGAGAACGGCUCCCUGCUGAAAGAGCUAGGUUUGUCAAAGUCCUUCCCGUUGGACAACUCUUUGUUUGACAGCUGGCUCGCCCAGUCGGUUCAGAUCACCGCUGACGACAUGCUGAGCCAGUGGGCUCUGGGCGCCCAGCACGGAGAAAAGAGCGGCAGCCUGCUCUCCGACCAGCUCCUGCAAGGCGAGGAGAGCCUACUGAAUCUCAUGAUGGAGAACUCCAUGCAAUCCACCUGGAAAACGCCGCAGCUGGGCCGGAAACGAGCGAGCAACAAGCCGCGCGCUCGUGGACAAUCUACUGCCCCCGCCCGCGCUCAGACGCUCCUCUCUGCGGUGGCCAACUCCACCGCCAGCAGCCCCUCCACCGCAAAGAACCUGUGGGCUACUGUGGUGGAGGAAAAGCCUAGCUACGUGGGCCGGAGAGGGGAAAGGUCCAAAGGAUCGUCGAAGGCCCUGCACCACCAUCACCUUCAUCACCACCAGACCAGGAGCACGGACCUCCUGGGGGACUCACCACCGCAGCCGCCCAUCUCCAAAAUGGAUUCCUGUCACAUCUCGGAGGACCGCGACGCCUGGGAGAGCGACACCGCAGGGAACGGUGUUCCGUCAGCGGCCGGGUCUCCACCUCCCGUCUCCAGCCCCGGCGUCACGGCGCCUAACGGCGGAGGCCCGCGGCUCCGUCUGCUGCGCCAGGGUAAGUCAAGAGAGAGGAGCAUCAACGGAGGUGUGGGCGUGGAGAGCCUGCAGUCCAGGCAGCUGCCACUUACGGGGAAAGACAUGUCCCUGCUGGACGCCGCAGAGACUGAUGGGUACUUCUCCGACGGCGAGCACAGCGAUUUGGACACGCACUCCAAUGGACGUAAACUCCGCCUGCCACAGUUGCAUUCUGGGAGCGAGGACCUGUUGAGAAGGAGUGUGCUGGCCUCCUAAGGUUUUCAGACUCAAAUCGACACACACACACAACAAAAACACACAAAAUUAGAGAAGCAGACUCACGCCGGCUUAUCAUUUCUCCAUCUGUGGCUUUUUUUUUUUUUAAACCAAAUCCCUGUCACAUUUACCAAUCUUAGCCUCUUAGUUUUUGGGGGGAGUUUGAAUGUAGCUGUAUGCUUCUCCAUUGGACUGUAAAAAAAACAAAACAAAAAGGCGCAAUACAUUCAACAAAAAUAGGAAACAAACAUUACUCUUAGACCUUUUUUUGUUUCGUCUCUCAGAUACAUUUUCUUCGUGGGUGUUGAAGUACCCGGUUCUGGCCUCAUGUCUGUGGUAUCUGUCAGAACAAACACUUAGGGGCAUUAUUAUUAUCAUAAUUAUUAUUAUUAUACUUAUUCAAGCUGGUUUCAGGGUCUGCUUCUUGUUUGGCCUUUUAUGGCCCGAGAUACAUCCACAAGUCUUUGUUUGUCUCGAAAUAUAUUCUACACAAAAAAAAGACAAUUGUGGCGUGAAUCAACAUAUAUUCAAGCUUGAAAAGCACAACUAGUCGUGAGAGCCGUUAUGUAAGCACUUGGGCGUGUGUAUAAUAGACGUUGAAUGAGGGUCCGAGGUCAAUUGUUAUCGCGUCGUCUCAUAGACCUCACUCUCCAGCUGAAAAACACAUUCCCUGCUUUUUUCCAGUUGGCGAAUAAUGAGACGGAUUGACCUCAACUCACACAAUCCAGAUUGUCACACAGAGACGUAAACACACACACAUAAACUCCCUGAUAGCAUAUCCCCCCUUUUCCUCACAUCUCAGAAAUAUCUGCUUUCAAAUUCUUCCUGAGUUUGUAUUUUAAGCCCCAAAAUCCCUCGGAGAGAAAAAUCAUCGUAGAAACUCUGUGCCUUCUGUCGCUCGUCCUCCCCGUCCUCCCCCCUCGAACCCCCCGCCACCAUUAACUCAUACAAACCAAACAGUCAGCGAGUAGAUCAAUUAGUCUUUUCUUUCUUUUCAAUCGGACUUGUAACAAUCAAACCAAAAGAGGUUAUCCUGUCAGACUGGUUACCGCGUGUCGUGUAGCCGCCGCUCCUUGUCGACCUUAACAAUAUUGUCUAGUGCCUGAGACAAGGAUGUAAAUGCAGCAGCCGUUUGCCGUCAAUCAACGAAAGCUUCUGCGGUAGUUAUCGAACGCAGGGCCGCGACUGUACUAUCAGUGCAAAGAGCUGCCUACGCUUCUGUGCCCCCACAAGGUCAGCAGGUCAGAGUCGCUGUCGCUUAACGUCGUUUAACGGAGCUUGGUCACGUCGCACUUUGGAUUAGUGGCAGUUUUCUCUCCAUUGUUUAUCCAUAUUGUUCAUUAUAUUUCAAAUUGUUUGUUUUAAAAACACCUACAUUUGGGCAGAAACGCGUCAUAUUCCAUAUUUGGAGUCUCAGUUGUCAGCUUAUGACCUUAAAGUGGAAAAAAACCAUGUUAAUUUAGUGUCUAAGUCGAAGAAAAGGCUGCAACGAACGAUUCUUUUUAGAAUCGAUUAAUCUGUCGAUUCUUUUUAGAAUCGAUUAAUCUGUCGAUUCUUUUAUCGUCCAUAAAAUGUAGUUAAAAUGUCAAUCAGUGUUUACCAAACCUGGAAAUCUUGAUGUUGUCAGACGUCUUUUCAGUUUCAAUGAUUUUUUUUUGCGUCAAAUGGAGCAAAGAAUCUAGAAAAUAUUCACAUUUAAGAAGCCGAAAAAUCAGAAAACUUGUAUUAAUUGUAAAAAAAAAAAGAAUUAAUCGAUUAUCAGAACAGUUGCCAAUUAAUUUAGACAUUGACUAACGACCGAAUAAUGGUUUGCAGCCCAUAAAUAUUUUUUUCAGUUAUUUAAAAUAUGAACCAAACUGAUUUUAUUUAAAUUAAUUAAUUUAUUUAUUUUAUUGAGCACUCAUGGCCCACCUGCAGAAUAUUUAAGGCCCACCAGGGGGCCACACCCCACACUUUGGAAAUCACUGAUCCUAAAGUAUUGGAUUAUGGUUAUUAUUAUAUAAUCACUCAUUGCUCGUCAUUACUUUUAUAACUCUUGCCCAAUUUAAAGUGUAGAUGAUUACGAUUCUUCUCAUUGAUUAUCAGUCACAUCAGGAUCCUGUGACGUGGCCAAGCUCUUGCGCGCCGCGUCUUUAACUCCUGUUCAAACAAAACCAUGACAAUGUAACAAUCAAAGAAUCCGCUUCAGAGGCCUGUACCUGUCUUAAGUUCAUGAAUUGAAUUGUUUGUAAUUUCUUUUUUAAACAGUUUCCGUUCUCUCGGCAGAGUUGUAUUUUGUACUUAAGCGGUCCACGGUGUUCUCAGGGCUUUAAACAAAUUAAAGAAGAAGAAGAAGAAGAAAAGGUACAAAACGUUUAUCAAAAGAAGCGACGCGAGGCGUAGACACACGCACACGUACACGUUUUAUAUCAUAUGCUCUAUAGAUAGUGAUACGUGUAUGUCUCCAAACGUCCUUCACUGUUUGAACUCUUACAUGACUACUACUGAGCGUGCUCCUUCUCUCAGUGUGACGAUAAUAAGCGUCACUCCUGGGUUCAGUCGCCCCCGGCCGAUCAUCAACUUUAGGGUCAUUUUUUUAACUCGCGGUCACAGUUACGCACCGGCUCGGCGGUCACUUCCAAGAAAGGAACUUCUCUGUGAAACGUUCUCGCAGCUCAGGCCCCUCGCGUGGGGUCCAAAUUGGGGACGAAUGAGAAAUCCCAAGUGAAAAAAAAAAAAGGGCUGCUUUGGAAAUAGAGGUGCAAGUCUGUCCGCCGUACUUCCUCUGUUGUCCUUCCGUUCCUCUAAAGUGACCACGCCAAAGAGCGGCGUAAACUUCACAGACACACACGUGGAGUUUUUUUUUCCAAGAUGAAGAAUGUUCGAUCUGGAUGUCAGACGUGGGUUUUAGUCCCGGUCCCUCUCUCCGGACUUGGCUCGCUCCGCCCGAGAUGCAGUCGGGUUACGAAAACACUGUAAGCUCAGGCGCGACGUCGUCGCCGCGGUGUCGCGCGAAGCCCUGUCUCUUUUUCAACGCGGACUUACACGUACGUUAUUCCCCCCCCCCCCUUCAGAAAAAGCCAAAUUGCUGCUGAACUGAACACAUGAGAUACCGCUUCUACACACACAUGAACACACACUUCAGAGCUGGUAUAACAGGGUUAUAAUGUACAAGAUGACUAGUUUUUUAUGUAUAUGUGGUCCUGACUGCAUCAAGAAAAGUACGAGCUUACUCAGAGUGAAAACAACCCCCCA